AAAAGUCAUGUACAAGUCCCUCUCCUUUGAUCAAAACACAAAAAAGAUAAACUAAAAAAACUAACAAUACCAUAUCUCCUUAUCUUUAUCAACAACUCAUUAUCCUUUUUAGUUAAUCAUUUUCCCAUUAAUGGCAACAAGAAAAAUCAGAAUUAGUCCUAUGAGUCCUAAUGAUCUACAAUUUGAGUUUGAUGAAGCUGAUAGUUGGAACAAUAAUAAUAGUAAUAUAGUUCCUAGCCACUCUGAGUCCAAAAGAUUGAUACCAAGUUCACGUUUCUUGAAAAAACCAGCAAAAAAAUUUGUGCCUGCAGCAUCAACAUCAUUGCCCGUGAAAGUACCUGAUUGGUCGAAAAUCCUAGGUAACGAGUACGAGAAUUGCUUGAAAGAGACCAACUAUAAUGUUCGAGACAAUGAUGAUUUUGAUGAGGAUAACAGAAUUCCACCUCAUGAAUAUUUAGCAAGGACAAGAAUGGCUUCAUUUUCUGUGCAGGAAGGUAUGGGGAGGACACUUAAAGGAAGAGAUUUGAGUAGGGUGAGGAAUGCUAUUUGGAAACAAACUGGUUUUGAAGACUAACAAUUUUGGAGUUUUUUUGGUUCUUUUAUUUUUUUUAGUUUUUUUCUCUAUGAUCGUAGUGUUGGGUCAGCUUGCGCGUACUUCAACUAAUUUCACAGAGUACUUGCCACCUUCCGUCAGCAUAGAUAUCGGAUAACUCUAUUCACCAACGCUUAGACUGAUGAGAAGAAAUCGCAUAGUAUUUUUACCUCAAACUAAAAUUUGAACUUCAGAUCUCCUGAUUCUUAGCUUUAUCAUUUCAUCACGAGGUCACACCUUUGGAUAUUUUUUGGGUUCUUGUCUUCUUGAUGGACUAAUCUGUUAUGUUUUGCAAGUGUUUUUUGGUAGACCGA